UUUUGCGUGUCGCCGACCGCCCCUUGCGAACCCGCGACCCCUGACUCCACACCAUGAGCAACGAAGACACCAUUAUGAGCAACGCGCCGCUGACGCCACGCGACGAGCCCGACCUCACAUCGCCCAUAGUCGACUUCUCGCCGUCGACGGUGCGCUACGACGAGGGCUUUGAAAACAGUCUCAUGGAGCUGAUUCUCAAUCCGCCAGCGGCAGCCUCGCCGCGCAAGCCCUCGCAGGAGAUUCCUACCAUUUCGGCUGCGCAACUACCCAUAGCAUUGUCGUCGCAUCUGCGCACCCACAGCUCGCCGAUCCCGGGCCUCUAUCUCACGCACAAGAACGGAUACUACACUGGUGGGCCGGGCCCCUCGCCGCAUUCCGUUCAGGAGUUUGCCGAUCGCUUCAUCCGCGAGCAUGGCAUUGAGGAUGCGGGGCAGCUUGAGAGAGUGGUGGAAGACGUCGUUAGGAGCAAGCUGCAGGAGGUCAGGGAGCGCAUGGAGAGGAGAAGGGAAAUCGUCGAGAAGAACAAGGCCGUCGAGAGGGAGCUCGAGGAUCUCAGGUUGCAGCGCAGUGCUGAGCUGAGGGUUAUGGAGCGGGUAAAGGGUAAACGGCGAUGAAUGGUGGUGGUUGGCUAGGCGCAAGAAAGACAAUACGAGGGCGUUUGGAAAUCGACUUUGGCAUAGUCAUGGGAGGGGAAAGGGGGGUUGGUGUGGCGGGGCUGGGCUCAGUUUUUGAACGGUGAGGAAAUUAUGAUACCCGACAUUGCGAUGUCACGACUGGUGGGGACGCAGACUCCAUCCUUUUUUGCUUCACGGGCGCAGCAGGGCUGUGUCUGUAUGUUCCAUGUGCUCUGAAUUGCGGCAUAUGCACUAGAAGUGGAACAAUAACAACAAGUCUGUGUUGUAUAUAUAAGAUCAGCGACGACAGGGAGGCUCUCUCGUGUGCCAAAUCUCACACACAUGGACAUUU